UGGGGUCCUUCCCUUUGAAAAGUCGCUUUGAAGUGUCUGGUGACGUCAUCAGCGUGUUUGCCUGAGGGGAAAAAGAGGCAGCCUGGGGUUUGAUGCGGAUAAUUAAAAAUACAUAAAUAGAUAAGACAUAAAAUACGUUUUCCUUUGCAACAUUUCCCUUGGACUCUGGAGAGCCCCUGCAACUUUGAUUGAUUUUUCAGAGGCUCAGUCAGGGCUUUGCCCGGCUGCCCUCUGCACAUGGGCAGAGUCGGCUCUGCAGCAUACCAGACGACUCCAUCGAGGGAUCUGGCAGAGGAAGAAGUGACCUGUUUGGAGAGGAAGGGAGGAUGAGCAGAGAGCUGGACCCAGCAGAUGCAGAAGCCGAGAGAAGCCCUGAUGCCACCGAGGCUGGGAGCAGAAGGGAGCUGUGGGGAGAAAUAAUGCAGAAGAGCCUGGGGCACAAUGACCUACCUCCAUAUGUGCAGUGCCAGCAAUUCAGGCACUUCUGCUACGAAGAUGCCCAAGGCCCCCGAGAGGUCUGCAGCCAACUCCACCAUCUUUGCCGUCGGUGGCUGAAGCCAGAGAGGCACAGCAAGAAGGAGAUGCUGGACCUGAUGGUCUUGGAUCAGUUCCUGGCCAUCCUGCCCCCAGAGAUGGGGAGCUGGAUGAGGGAAUGCAGGCCAGAGACCAGUUCCCAGGCGGUGGCCCUGGCCGAAGGCUUCCUCCUCAGCCAGGCAGAGGAAAAGAAUCAGAACCAGCAGGGGCAGGAAUGGAUCCUUCAGGAACAUUACCCUAAAGCAACCUGUCCAGGUAGUGCUAUGAUACCGGUGGUGUAUUCUUCGCCAUCUCUUUGUGAUAAAGUGGCUACCAAGAUGAAGCCAGAUGAGGGUCUGGUGACCUUUGAGGAGGUGUCUGUUCAUUUCACUGAAAAGGAGUGGGCUCUCCUGAAUCUGGACCAAAGAAUCCUUCACCAGAAAGUCAUGGAGGACAAUCAUCAGAAUGUGGCCUCUCUGGAAAGGGUUCUGCUUCUCCAAGCUGAUUCCAUAUCCACAAUGGAAGAAGCAAGAAACUGGCUUUUUCAAGUCCCAGAAGAAGGAAAGAGAUCAGCAGAGGUUGAGGGUCCCCAGAAUAAGUCCAAGGAACAACCACAACAAUCCCUGUUGGAAGAAAAACAGCAGAGAAGGAACACUGAAACAAAACAUGAGAGGGGAAAUGAAUCUUUUUCUUCUCAGAGUACUGAAUCCCAGGUAUUUGAUACAAACUGGAGAAUUGACACAGGGGAGAAACCAUAUAAAUGUUUGGACUGUGGAAAGAGCUUUGCUCGGAUUGUCAACUUUACUGCUCAUCAACGAAUUCAUACUGGGGAGAAACCCUAUAAAUGUUCGGAGUGUGGCAAGAGCUUUCGUCGGAGUGACAACCUUACUGUCCAUCAACGAAUGCACUCAGGCAAGAAACCACAUAAAUGCUUGGACUGUGGCAAGAGCUUUGUUUGGCGCGCCCAUCUUAUUGCUCAUCGGCAUACACACACUGGGGAGAAACCAUAUAAAUGCUUGGAGUGUGGAAAGAGUUUUGCUUUGAGUAACUACCUUAUUACCCAUCAACGAAUCCAUUCAGGUGAGAAACAAUAUAAAUGUUUGGACUGUGGAAAGAGCUUUGCUCGGAGUGACAACCUUACUGCCCAUCAACGAAUUCAUACAGGAGAAAAACCAUAUAAAUGCUUGGUGUGUGGAAAGAGUUUUGCUUUGAGUAACUACCUUACUGCCCAUCAACAAAUUCACUCAGGCGAGAAACGAUAUAAAUGCUUGGAGUGCGAAAAGAGCUUUGUUCGGAGUGCCCAUCUUAUUGCCCAUUGGCAUACGCACACCGGGGAAAAACCAUAUAAGUGUUUGGAGUGUGGGAAAAGUUUUGCUUUGAAGGGAGCCCUUACUGCCCAUCAACAAAUCCACACAGGGGAGAAACCAUAUAAAUGCAUAGAGUGUGGAAAGAGUUUUUCUUCAAAGGGAGCCUUUACUGGCCAUCAGCGAAUUCACACAGGGGAGAAACCAUAUAAAUGCUUGGAGUGUGGAAAGAGCUUUGUUCGAAGUGACAACCUUACUGCCCAUAGACGAAUCCACACACAGGAGAAACCAUAUAAAUGCUCAGAUUGUGAAAAGAGUUUUGCUCAGAGUAAAGACCUUACUAGCCAUCAACAAACCCACAAAAGGGAGAAACCAUAUAAAUGCUUGGACUGCGGAAAGAACUUUGUUCACAGUACCAGUGUUACUGUCCAUCGUCGUAUCCACACAGGGGAGAAACCAUAUAAAUGCUUAGAUUGUGGAAAGAGCUUUGCCUGGAAUGACAACCUUACUGCCCAUCGAAGAAUCCACACAGGGGAGAAACCAUAUAAAUGCUUGGAUUGUGGAAAGAGCUUUGCAUGGAAAGGAGCCCUUACUAGCCAUCAACAAAUCCAUACAGGGGAAAAACCAUAUAAAUGCUUGGAAUGUGGAAAGAGCUUUUCUCGGAGUGCCCACCUUACUGCCCAUCGACGAAUCCACACAGGAGAGAAACCAUAUAAAUGCUUGGAGUGUGGAAAGAGUUUUUCUCAGAGUAAAGACUUUACUGCCCAUCAACGAAUUCACACAAGGGAGAAACCAUAUAAGUGCUUGGAAUGCGGAAAGAGUUUUGUUCGUAGUGACAACCUUAGUGCUCAUAAACGAAUCCACACAGCAGAGAAACCAUAUAAAUGUUUUGAGUGUGGAAAGAGCUUUGUUCGGCGUGCCCAUCUUACUUCUCAUUGGCACAUGCAUACAGGGGAGAAAGCAUAUAAAUGCUUGGAGUGUGAUAAGAGCUUUUCUCGGAGUGACACUCUUACUGCUCAUCAACGAAUCCAUAAAGGAGAGAAACCGUAUAUAUGUUAGGAGUGCUUUGCUUGGUAGGAAGACCUUACUAGCCAUUAACAAAUCCACACAGGGAAGACACAUAAAUGUCUGAAAUGUAAAAAGAGCUAGGCUUAGAAUUACAGCCUUGCUACUCAUUGACGUAUACAAAGUAGGGAGAAACUGUAUAAAUGUUUAGAGUGUGAAAAACAUAUGUUCAGAAUGCACAUCUUGUGAAACACUGAAGAAUCCAUGCAAUAAAAUUGAUAUAAAUGUU